UCUCAUCUACGGCUUAAUUACCGUUGAGGUGACAACGUAUCAGGGGCUCUUGGAUUGGGUGCAAAGGCGAAGGGGGAAUGGUUCCCCUUUGCACCCAGUCCAAAUUCGUAAGUAAGUGAAUUCGUGGGUGCCUUCGGUAAGUAAUUAUUUAUGAAAGGGAGGAUAUCGGUAACUUGUCCAAAAGCGGUGAUUAUUUUUUUAAUGUCAACGGAUGAGUUCCUAUGUGAAAUACUGGCCAUGUAUACAAAAUAGUACAUACGAAAUUUUAAAAUCGUGCUUUUUUGACGUUUACAUUUUUGAGUCAAGUUUGACUGUGAAUGUACAUGUCUUAGAUUUUUUACAUUUAUUUUAGCCUUGAUUUAAUAGCAUACAUAUACGAUUGUAAUUGUUUGUGUAUAUUAAUUAUGUAUUUGUUUUAAAUGUACGGAAAUGGCGAGCCCGUACAGCAAGGGCAACUUUGGUGACAGUGCUCGAAACCAGCCAGAAUGGGAAUUGAACCUCAAUAACUCCCAUCAUGUGUUUGAUGGUGCCGGUGAAAAUAUUCAGUAUCACAGUGAUUCUGAGUCGUUGGGCUCCAGAAAGAGUAAGACUCGGUAUAUAAACCCAGCGAUAUGCAUCGAGACGGUGGAAGUAUCGCAUUCGGUGACGUCACUGCAGACUGAUUCCUGCAUAGAGGAUAUCACUCCUCACCCUCAUAGCAGCUACCGUAGCAACUCUACACCUUUUCUUAGCGGUCGUGAUAGUGACUCCUCGUGUAGUAUAAAGAGAAAAUCUUGCAUGAUGCCGCCCAAUGUCAAAGUAACUUCUGAAAAAUAUAUAGAAGAUGAGACACCACGCUUCAACCAGACAUACCGUGAGGAUGGAGCUGACACAUUCAGACUGUCAGUGGCAUCUGUUUCAACAACGACAACUGCCAAGGAGGAGAGAGAACGUAAUGAGAAAAGGAAACAGGACGCAUUCAAGCAAUGGUUAGCGCGGAAAGAGCAAGAGAAGAAAGAAAAGUUGAAGACGGAAAUGAAGAUGCGCCAGCAGGUUUCUGCGACAAGCGUGGAGCAGCGUGAGGAGUCGUAUCAGAAAUGGUUAGAGCGCAAGCGCACUCAGAAGGAGCGGCGAAGGGCCGAAGAGAUCAUGCGGCAGUAUCGGCAGAACGAGAAGAUAGAGUCGGAACGCAUGAAACGAGAGAGGGAGAGGCUCGAAAAACUAAACCAAUGGACUAGGAAAAAGGAAGAGGAAAUGAAAGCUAUGAAAACCCGUGAGGAACGAAAAGCAGCACGUGCUGCUAUCGAGGAGGAGACGCGGCGGUCUAACGGUGAACGCGCGUAUCGUGACUGGUUGCGAACAAGCAGAAACAAACCGCUGCCUGUGCCUCUAAACCAGGGGGAACUUAGUAUGCGGGGUUCGGUAUCGCAAAUGUAUGUCAACCCUAUUCCUUGGCAAGCUCCUACGUGAAGACCUGAAGUCUAUUGAAGGAAACUAGAAGUUUGAUGCACUGAAAACUUUACUUCUAAACGUGUAUUCUUUGUUUUUGUUAUGGAAUUGGAUCCUUGUAACAUUAAAUUAUCCAUAUUCUGCGUCGGCGUCCUAACCAUCGUCAUUUCGUGAAUUUAAUGCAUUUUAGACUAAAUUUUCAUUUUUAGAUUAAUAUUUUGUUAUACUUACUAGUUACAUUUAUUUAGUUAGAAGGUUGUUUCUAGGCUGCAAUCAUGUUUGGACAAAAUAAAACAAUAUUUUAUCUU